CCAUGUCGAAGGACCAGAAUGGAGUCUGGGAGAUGGAGAGCAACGAGAACUUCGAGGGCUACAUGAAGGCUCUUGAUAUUGAUUUUGCCACCCGCAAGAUUGCAGUCCGCCUGACUCAGACAAAGAUCAUCAAUCAGGAGGGCGACAACUUCAAGACCAAGACCAACAGCACGUUCCGCAACUAUGACCUGGACUUCACGGUGGGCGUGGAGUUUGACGAGCACACGAAGGGCCUGGACAACCGGCAUGUGAAGUCGCUGGUCACCUGGGAAGGGAACACCCUCGUGUGUGUACAGAAGGGGGAGAAGGAGAACCGCGGCUGGAAGCAGUGGGUUGAGGGGGACAAGCUGCACCUGGAGCUGACCUGCGGUGACCAGGUAUGCCACCAAGUCUUCAAGAAGAAGUGAGACCCUCCAUGAGUCGACCAGCAUGUGUCCCCUGCUCCCCAGGAAAAGCCUUC